AUGCUUUGUAGGCAACAGCAAAUGGAAAUUUUGGAAACUUGCACAAUGACUGAUAAACCAUUACAUGGCCCAGAAAUAGAUGACUCGUAUGAUAUCAUGUGGUCGGCGGUGUCUCCUGCUCCUGCAGGCAACAGAGGCGAACUUCGCCCUGCGUCUUUUGGGCGUUUGGCGAUAACGCAAAACGGCGAAGCUGGCAGUAACGAACCGACUCGGAGGGCUUACGACCCGGCUACAUCCGCUCUAUUCAACUGUGAUAAUGAACCCAUACCAACGCUGGACGAUGUUGCUGGAUGGGGAACGUCGUUUGAAAAUUUGAUGAAAUGUGCAGCUGGGCGCGUUCUUUUCCGCGAGUUUCUGCGUUUUGAGUACUCCGAAGAGAACGUGCUGUUUUGGGCAGCAUGCGAGGAGCUCAAGCGCGAAGUAAGCCCGGAAGCGGUCGAAGAGCGGGCGAGAGCCAUUUACGAGGAAUACAUCUCUGUGCUGUCACCGAAAGAGGUUUUGGCUGGAUCUGAUGUGAUUUGA